UUUGCUGGACCAGUCGCGAGGACCGAUUUGUCUAAUAAAAGUAUUUCUUUUUUUGCGAAGAAGAAAACUCGUAAGAAUGUGCUCCAAGUGUCAAAGUGCAUCUUUUUAAAUUUGUUGUCAACUUUUAUUUACGAAACAGUGAUCACGAGAAAUUAUGGAGAACCGUGCACCGAAUUAUGGACCAAUUUAUAAGUGACAACUGAAACUUCUGCUGUGAAGAAUUGAUCUAUCGUAAGUGCUGGAAACUUUUCAUCAGGUUGACUAAAGAUGCCUUUUAGCAUCAAGAGAUUCACCAUGCAUCGAAGCAUCAGCAUGCCAUCUGGAGCUCGAUCUGAGGAGAAUAAAAAAAAUGCUCAACGAGAAGAACACGAACGAUCAACUCCGUCUAACUUCGGAAAGGGCAUGAAGAAGUCUGCGUCUCAAGAGGAAUACAAGGGAAAACAUGCAACUAGAGAAGGACUUCAGUCCAUCCGUUCAGUAGAUUCGGCGGAGUUAAAAAGGUUGAGUGCUCAGCAAAAUUCCAAUCAUCGAGGUGGAGAUAAUAAUGGUUGUGGUGAUGGAAAUGGGGUACUAACAAGUCGUUCAAACGAAGUGGGAGGUGGGAGAAUACCACGUGAUGCUUUGAGACGUGCUCACCGUGAGACUCAGGUAAAAUCGAGUCCAGAACAAGGUUCAACGCUUCCCGCUAGAUGGCGCGCAGCCGGACGGUCGAGAAGCGUCGCCGAUUCCAGAGUAAUGUAUUAUGAUGAGCAACCUGUAGAAAGUGCCGAUGUUCGAAAAUUAGUCAUGAGACGUGAUGGAGGUGUCCAUUAUGUAGGAAGUGACUAUAUUGCAGAAGAGAACCAAUCAACCAGUAGUAGCAGUGGAGGAGCGCCACCUAGAGGACAGUCCAGUGUAGUAAGACAAAAUGAGUGGAUGGAGGCUAAAAACGGACACUCAAAUAAACGGUCAUACUCCAGACAGUACCAUGCCAUAGCAGGACAUUUUAUACCAAUGGAAUUACAUAAUUCAGACAUGGAAUUUGAGACUUCUUUAAGCCGACAGAGGACGCACUCACCCUAUAAAAUUCCUCAUGGUGUUUACGAAGAUGACCCAGGUAUUAUGUCUGAAGCCGAAACCUCAGCUACCGGGUUUCGCCGACCUUCAAAAGGUCGUUCCACGUUGCCAAUGGUUAGACCUCCUGCUAAAGUUCAAGAACGAGCUCUUACUCUUGGUUAUCCUGAAACUCAAGCAGCACCGGAAUAUGGAGUGGUGUUUCUUCAGUAUCAGAAAGAAACCAAACGUUCUCUUCUGCCAAAUGAGCUGACAACGUUGGAUACAAUUAAGGCUUUGUUUGUUCGAUCAUUUCCUAAACAAUUAACUAUGGAAUAUCUUGAUUCUCCACACGUUAGGAUUUACAUUCAUGACGCUUCAAAAGACAUGUUUUACGAGCUAGAAGACUUGAGAGAUAUUCGAGAUCGUUCGGUACUUCGUAUCUACGAACAAAAUGUGAACGAAGGGGAUGGAUUGAGCACUUGUGAUCAGGAACUAAAUUACUUCUCGGAGCCAGAGUUUGAUUCAGAGUAUCAACAUCAGCACAUCCAUCGAGCAAAGCAAAGCUUAAGACCACCAACAAUUUCAGGUCCAUAUGGUAGAGUAAGUCCUUAUUCACCAGUCCCCAUAUUAACAACAGAUGUAAACCAAGCCAUACCCAUACGGUGCUAUUCUCCAGCUCCAUCUGAAUGGAGGAAAAGGACUCAGCCAAUUCCCAUUGCUGAGCCUCGCUAUGAACCUUCAGGCGCUUACUCUACAACGCCUGAUCAUCCUUAUCCAUCUCUUGGGCAAAGUCAGUACAUUGCUGCCUGUGAACGAGGCUAUGAAUCUGCGUAUGAUUCAUCUCCUGAACGCAAACCACCACCAAUAAGUUAUUCUACAUCUCCACGAAGGAGAAUCGAACAUCAGAGUUCAUUUGGUGGUUACAGCGCCACCUGGUACGAGGAUCCUUCAUAUUACAGAAGUCAAGUUUAUAGACCUCGAUCCCGAAGCAUAACUCCUGUGAUCGACGAGGAAGCCAGAAAAAGGAUGGAGUUUAUGGAGCAUCAGUUAGCAAGUCUAACGGGAUUGGUCCAGAAGGUGUUGACGACUCCAUUGUCUAGACAGCAGUCUCACGCUGAAGAAGUAGUUCCUACACGUGAUAACGAAGUAUUUAAAGACUCCGAAGAUAAGUAUCCUGUACCUGAAAGAGAAUUGACACGACAUUCCUUUAGAGAAGAAAAGUCCGUGUCUUUCUCAGAAGAUACUAAAGAUGUUACAGAUCGCCACUCUUCGCCAGAGCACACUUCUGAGAGGCCUACCAAGCCGGCUAUCAAAGCUAGAUCCAUAUCUAAAGAAAAAGACGACCGACCACCUGGUGGUAAACCCAAACCUCCCCCUAAACCUACCUCUCUACUUUCUACGCCAGCGGAACUCAGGCGUUACGAAAUUCCUAAAGUUCAUGAUCUCAGCCCUGAGCUCUGCUCAAGGCUUCGCUACCUCAGGCGACAGACCAGAGAUCUACAAGUUGAAGUGCGCAGUCUCCGAAGAAUGGCCCAAAACCAAGCUAUAUCUGCCAGAGAUAGUGUUCGUGAUACGUGCCUAAAGAUUAAGGAAAUGCUCGUUAUCACUCACUCUUCAGGUGGGCCCGCGGAGAAUGACAAAAACCGUUUUAAGCAUGACGAGAACCUUUAUCGGCACGAUGUAUCGCAAGUGGAGAAAGAUUUGUCAGACUUGGAGAGUCAUGUAGAAGAACUACGUGGUAACGUCAUCAACAGACGAUGUCGUGUAAACAUGAGUUCCGUUGAAAACAUGGCGCUUCUGUUGAGUAGAACAAGUAAAACUGUUGCCGAUCUGAAAGUUCGUUUUCCAGAACUUCAAGAUAGGAUGAAAGCAAACAUAAGUUCAGAGAUGGAAGUCGUGAAGAAGGAAGAAAAAUUUCUUAGCGACGAGCCAGAUCGACUAGAAAAUGCUCUUAAACGAUGUAAGAAGCUAACAGGGACAUUAGUCACGCUCAAACGACUAGCCUCUGUACAAGAACAGCGGCACACAGGUGCUCAGUCAAUGCCUGAAAAAUCACUGUCUGCUGAUGGAUCCCAUUCCAAUGGGGAUGCUCAUACUGCCAAACCCAUCGACGCAUACUCUUAUAAUGUAAUUCAAGUUUCUCCUGAGGACCACCAGAGGACGAAACAGAAAGAAAAUGCGCUAGAUGAACUGUUAAACGAACUUCAGUAUUUUAAUCAGACAGACGAAAUUAGAAGAGAUCCGCUUGGUGGUGUUCAUAGUCAUCUUGCUUCAAGUUAUUCUGAAUCAUAUGGUUCUUUUACUCAGCAAUUAGGCCACAGGAGGUCACCAAAUCCUUCAGGAGAAGUAAGUAGCAAAUUAUUGGUUGGUGAAGGUGGUAUUCGCCAACGAAGUCCAUUUGCGUCAGACAGAGGUAAAACCACUGCCCCCCCUCUCCAUACUAGUCGCAAACAACAACAUUUUCAAGAACCUCCUCAUCUUCCUCCCAAAAAAGUACCCCCUCCUCCACCUCGUACAACUAGUCGCUCAGCAAUGCAGUCUUCCAAUAUAUCGAUGGAUGAAGAUUUUAAUGGUGCUGCUAAUUUUACAGAAAAAAUUCAGCAAGUCAGCAAGAGAAACCAUUCAAAUUUACGGGCGCUUAGAUCUACGUCCGAUUCAUUGCGAAGAUCAACGUCAGGUGACGAACCGCAAUUAAAAACAAGCAGCAAACAGGUGAUCAAAACACGGGCUUUGACGGAAGAGAUUAUACGGAGAGAUUUCUCGUCUAGUAGCAGCAGUGAAAGCGCCAACUCCCAGGAAGGGCUACUUACAAAAUCCGAGCUCGCUGUGAAAUCUCACUUAGAGCGUAGCUUGUCAGAAGGAGGCAAGCCUGGAGCAGUAAAUGUCGCUAAUCUGAGGAACACGUUGAGUUCUUCUUCGACCUUGAUCUCCACUCGGAGUCGUCAGGAGAUCCUGGAGUAUAGGCAUCAGGAACUACUGAACAAGCAGAAACGACUUCAAGAUCAGUACAACACACUACAACAGCUUCAACGUGCACAGCUUCUCACUCGUUUCUCGUCUUUAAGACGAGCGUUCAGUAACACAGAGACUGGCGGUCUAAAGAAGACUGGAAGUGAAAGUAACAUCUUAUCGAAAUCAAAACUCGCUUUGGCCUCCUCAUCUGGUUCUAUGACUCAUCUGUCAGCGUCUGUCAAAGCUAAUAACAAAGCAAACACGGAAUUGCAAACACCAAUUUUGAAAAAGUCUAAGAUCGACACACUUUCGCAGUCAUCCAAUAUAAUUCACGAGACUGACAUAAUGUAAUACACAGUAUGUUCCAGAAGUUUGUAUAUAAACCUGAAAUACAAUGUUAACACAUCCUCCCUAUAUUUAAACCUAUGUCAUAUCGGCAGCUCAAGCGUUAUUACUAUUUAGAAAUAAUAAUCAGACAUCGUGUAUAGAAGUUGUGGUGAACCCCAGUUUUUUUUUUCUUUUCUUUUUCUGUUAAACGGUAUUUUUUGUGCGUACUUCAUAACUCUCUGCACCGAAGAUUGUUGAGAAAUAUAUAUAUAUAAUAAUCUUUCACUCUUUCUCGUUCAGUUUCGAUUAGAUGACAGUAAAGAAAAAACGUGAGUAAUUGAGGAUUUAUGGUAGUGGGCAGAAUUGUGUUAGUUCAUUCGCCUAUAGAAAGGUAAGUAUAACCUGUUCUCUGUAAUAUCAAAGAGAGCUAAUGUUUCACCUCGUUAACUUUAUAAACAGGUUCCUAACUUGGACCACUUGUAAAAUAGAAGUAGCUGCUCUAAGGAGUUAAGAAGUUGCGUAGUGUUCUCCAUUUCUGUCAUCAGAUAGUUACGAGUAAUGGAACUUUAUUCGUACCUGCUGGGUAGUAAGGUGAAUAUGAACAUGGCCUUCAAGCUGUUAACUCGAGUGAAUUCUGUUACACGCCAUGAUCAUAGUUUAGUAACCAAAUCUGGAAUUCAUUGUUUGUGUUUGUAUGGAAUAUUUUUACUAAAUGAAGUGUUCCUUCAGGUAUAACCAAUUAAGACGUACCAAAAGCAUAGUUACGAAGUCAUUCAGGGUACAAAAGAGGGGUAGAGGAAUUAUCAGUGGAGGGAUAUCCUUACAGCUCACAUUAACCACUUUCCUGUAAACAUCACCAGUGCACCUUGAAAAAUAACUAAGAUGCACCAUGUAGACACAGAAGUGCAGCACUUUUAUCUACAUAUUUUUAAAGAUCAGAUCUGUAAACUUUGUUUCUCAUAUCUCUCAUAUUUUAAAAUAAUAAUCCUGUUUUACUGGCAUUUUUUUCUACUGUUGAUUUUACAAACACUAUUUCAAGUCAUUAUGAAAAUAUUGUUUAUGAACGUAUCUUAGAUAUCUCAAUAAUGGGUCUAAGAAAUGAAAAUAAAAGAUUAAUGAGUGUAACAAAGUUUAUUAAUGAAAGCCCAUUUACUGUUCUAAUCUCAAAAUAUCACAAAAGAUGAUGUUAGCAUAAUACUAAAUUAUAUAAAACGACAUUUUAUCUGCAAAGUAUUGAAAGCAGAAUAUAAAUAUUAGUUAAUUUUUCUUUUUAAUGAUUAAAGGUGUUAAAACAGUGAGGUAGGUAGAAAUCAUAUUUUCUGGCAUAAUAUCUCAACUUUUCAAGAUAUGUUAUCCGAAAUACAGACCUAUUUCUCAUCUUGAUCAUCUUAGGCGUACCUACUGAAGUAAAGAUGAUACAUUUCUAAAACUCAAAGUGAAAUAAGGAACAAGAUAAAAAAGAAGAUGCAAACUCAAAAAUUGUGGUUCUCUUUCUUGAGCUAUUUUUUAUACUUAAUUUUCUGAUUAUGUAAUUUAAAAAAAAGAAACUAGCAUUAGAUAAAAAUUAAAAAUAGAAAAAAUAUAGAAGAGUAUAGAACUACAUUAGAACAUUUUCCGUGGGACAUUUUCAAAGUCUAAUCCUGAAAAUGUAGCUAGUUCGUCAUAUUGAUGACAUCCAGAGGCGUCGCUAGGCGCUGGUACACGAUGCUCUUGCCCCGAAUCUCCAGUUGAUGUCUUGUCGAUAUCAUACCGAAACGCCGAAAUUCCCCGCACCCAUGGGCUCGAGCACCGAAUCUUUUAAGCACCUAGAAACACUUCUGGUGACAUCAUUAAUUAACACCAUAGUAAUAAAUCUUUUUUUUAAUGUUCAUCGUUUGUAAAUAUCAACAAGGUAGAUAGUUUAUUAAGUUAUUUUAUUUUUGUUUUGUUUUUUAGCUCACACGUUAUCUAUAGAAUGAAAUGAAACAAACAUGGAUAUUUUCAUUUUAAUUUGAUGCUUUCUGAAAGCAUCUGAGAAAAAAAAUCAGAGUUUAUUAUACAUGGAUUUCAAAAAUGAUCGUUUGAGCAAAUUCGCCCACGGAUAUUCCUAAUGGAUUUCCAGUAAUGGUGAGAAAUAUUUUUGACAGUUUUCUGUAAAGAUCUGAGAUCAGGAUUAGCUGUUUUACCAGAAAACGGUCAUGCAAAGUGCUAUUAUUUUUUUUCUCUAUUUCAUUUAUUUUAUCAAUGUAGCACAAAAAUAUCAAAUGGAUCGUUUGAUUGAUAAAUCAAAUCUCCCUUAUUUCUACAUCCAGUUCUAAACUUUUUUCUGGUUUAAUAAACACAAACUGCAGAAAGUUCAUAGUAUGGUUUAAUGUAAGUUGUUUAUUUGAUUAUUAAGAAAGUGUUACAGUCACUUUACCUAUUAUUAUUUCGUUUUUACGUGUAGUAACUUAUUGAAAACAACUGUUACACGUGUAUCGUUAAGGGAGAAACCAUAAUACUGAUUAAUAAAUGCCAAAAAUUAUGGACUUUGUACAGCGGAGUUUAAAUAUUGAUUGUAUUAAAUGUGCAUACUGCA